AAAAAUGUAGUUUGGCUUUUUGAUAAGUCAGUUUAGUAUUUGCAUGCUUCCUGUGUAAGUUUACUUCAUACUCCAUCGUUUCUCUUGAAUUAUAUCGUUUCUUUAUCCAUUUGGAAAUGACCAAAAAAGGAGGCAGAAUUGAAUGAACUUAAAUCAGUUGAUUUCACUGUUUGGCUGCAGACUAUGAUCAACAUGAAACUAAAAUGUGAAAGCUUAUACUAUCCAUGCAAUAAUUGUUGACUUGCAUUGCUUUGAUAUAGGAGUCACUUGACUAUGUUUCUGAUAUAUGCUAAUUUUGAAUGCAGGUGCAUCCAAAUGUUCCCUGCAUGCUCUUCACACCAAUAUGCCCACACUCCCUAUCAUUCAGACCAGUUAUAUUGCCCGAUUCUGCAAGGCUUGAAUUAAAGAUCCCAGAUGAUGCACGAAGCAAUGCUUGGGUCUCGUUUGAUGGGAAGAGAAGGCAACAACUGUCGAGAGGAGAUUCUGUAAGGAUAUGUAUGAGCCAGCAUCCACUUCCAACAGUCAACAAAUGCGACCAGACAGGUGAUUGGUUCCGCAGCUUGAUUCGCUGCCUGAAUUGGAAUGAAAGACUAGAUCAGAAGGCUCUUUGA